AUGUCCGUUGAUAAGACAAUCGAAGAACUCAGCUAUACUUUAGCACAGCUUGGAUCUCUCGUUGGUCAUAUAAAUGCACAAAUCAUUGGGAUAACAUCUAGAAUAAAUAUGACGCUAGAUACGUUCGAUAAUUCAGUGGCAAAUAUUGCAGCCGAUGCUAGCGUAGUUACUCAACAAGUAGCUCUAACUAUAUCCCAGAUACCAAAUGCUUGGAUAUUUUAUUUGCUGUUUAUAUCGCUCACCGUUGUUUUCAUUUUAUUAUCAGUUAUUCUCCUCAUUAAAUUAGUUAUUAGAUGCCAUGGAAUAUAUCAAUUAGUCUUUCGUAGUAAUCGCAGUAAUCCAGAAUUCCACAAUUUUUCAAAUUUGCCACCAUCUCCAUCAUAUGUACAGUCUCGAAGCGGUCAUAUUUCUAUUCCUAUGGAACAUGAACCACGUAAAAUAGGAGUUGUCGCAAAUGGAGAUAUAAGUAAUUGUAAUGCUUUUCUUCUUCAUUUGUAA